GGAAAGGGUCUGGAGGACUCCCGAGGACCAGCUAAGAGACCUGAGGGGGUCCAGGCUGGAGAGAAGAAGGCUGAGGGGAGACCUUUUGGCUCACUGCAGCAUCCUUUAGAGCAGGCUGGAGCCGAGCAGGCACCGAGGUCUCCUCCAGAGUCACGGCAUGAGGAGGAAAACAGCCUCAGGUGGCAGCGGGAGAGGUUUUAGCCUGGCCCACGAGGAGGAAUCUCCUCCCCUUGAGGGCUGCCAAGGCAGUGGCGGAGUCCUCGCCCCUGGAGGGCUUCCAGAGCCGCACGGAUGCGGCGCUGGGCACCUCGCAGCGCUGCCUUAAGGGGACCUGGCGCGGGCACUUUGCUCCCCCCAGCACCGGGGCCCGGCCGCCCCCCCCCACCCAACCAGGCCGGCUGCCACCGAGGUCCCCAUCCCUGGACCCUUGUCCCCAUGGCGGCAAGGUCCUGCCUGGUUCUUCUGGCUGCCUGCCUGGCACUGCAGCUGGCCACAGCUGGAGGCGAUGGUUGCAGCAGCUUCGGGAACCUCUUCACGGAGAUCAUGGAGAACAGUGCCCACGGGAGCUUGGUGGCCCAGCUGCCAGGGGACACUGGCAGUGGGGGGCUCCAGCUCUGCCUGGCUGGUGACGACGCCGUCUGGUUCUACCUGGAUGGUCGCAGCAUCCGGCUCAACGUCUCGGCAGGGAGGACGCUGGACCGGGAGGAGCUGGAGUCUCCAGUGCUGAUGGUGGCCCUGACGUGUGCUGAAGAUGGCUUCUCCCCGGUUGAGUAUCGGAUCAUUGUCCAGGUCCUCAACGAGAAUGACAACAGACCUCACUUUCAGGGGGCCACUGUCCUCACCCACAACAUCAGUGAGCUGGCAGCCGUGCACUCGGUGGUGUUCAGCGCGCAGGCGGAGGACGCGGACGGGGACACCUUGAUGUACGUCAUCGACACGGCCUCGCCUGACGCCAGGUUCUUCCGGAUCGACCUGCCCAACAGCGGGAAGGUGGUGCUGGCACGGGCGCUGGACUUCGAGAGCAGGCAGCAGCUGGAGGUGGUGGUCACAGCCGUGGAGAUGAACACCAAGGAGCGGUUCAACGCCUCUGCCCGCGUGCGGGUCAACGUGCUGGACGGCGACGACCAGUACCCGCGCUUCCUGCCCUGCGCCCCCCGCGCCCACCACGGCCUCACCGUCUGCACCAGCCCCAUCUACACCGCCAACGUCACCGAGGGGCAGCUCCAGGGAGGGCCUCUGAGCUUCAGCCCAGGCUCUGUCUACGCUGAGGAUGGGGACAGGGGCUUGAGGGCUGCCAUCACCUACGCGCUGCUGGCAGGUCAGGAGAGCAGCAGGUUCCACAUUGACAACAUGACAGGAGCCAUCACCUUGGUGAGGGCCGUGGAGAGCAGCAGGAGGACUCCAGCCAUCAGCCUCAGCGUCAUGGCUUCACAGGUGAAUGAUGCCAACAAGUACGCAGUGACCCAGGCAGUGGUGAGGGUGCUGGCUGCCAAUCGCUACCCACCCCGCUUUGCCCGCCCCUCCUACCAGGCCUUUGUGCCUGCCGGUGCCCGCGAGGCUGCCCUGCUCCUCACCUUUGGUGGCAACGUGCUGGCACUGCGUGCCCAUGACCCUGACUUCCCUGAGGGGGUGAACCCCCAGGUGCGGUACAGUCUGCAGCUGCCCAGUGCCAACCAGAGCCAGGGGCACCCCCACGGGCACGGCCACCACCAGCUCUUCCAGGUGAUGCCCAACGGCUUAGUGGUGGCCAGAGCUGACCUCCUGCGACCUGCCCAGACCUACCACCUGCAGGUACUGGCACGGGAUGAGGAGUCGGGGGAGACCUCCAACACCACUGUGGAGCUGGAGGUGCUGUGGCCAGGGCAGGCAGCUCCCCGAGACCCUUCUGAAGUGGGGGGGUCAGGCCGAACCCCUUUAAACCCAGGGAUUCUGGGGGGGGGGCCUGGGGGCCCUUCUGCUCCUGACCAUCACCAUCCUCUUCCUCGCCCUGAGGGUGCUGAGGAAGAGGCAGAGGCAGCAGCAGACAGCAGACAGAGCAGCUCUGGCCAUCGAGAAGCACCCCAACGUGAGCCUGAGGUGGUUCCAGCCGGUCCCUGCUGGCAAAUCCCCUCCGAGCCCCCCCAGCCUCUAUUACCCUAACGAAGGCUACAGCGAUGGGGGGGCCGGAGAGGGACCCCCCCCUCAACCUCCCCCUCCCCCUCCAGCCCCUCAACCACCCCCUCCCCCCCCCAAAAAUCCCCUCCCCAAACCUCAGGCCAAUUCCCUGGCGGGGGUGGGGGCUGUGGGGAACCCGGGGGGGUCCCCAGUAAGAAGUCGAGAAGCAUCCCCGGAGAGUUCCCCCCCGCCCCCUCCCCCCCCCCCAGUCAGUCCCAGUCCUCCCAGUCCGUCUCUAGAAGCCUCUGGGGGGGGCUGUGGGGAGGGGGGAGGGGGCAGCAGCCCAAACUUGCCUGGGGGGGGGCUGGUGGGGGGGGGGUCGGCGCGGCGGAGGGGGACCCCCGGGGGUGUUGCCGGCGUUGGAGGAGGUGAGCGAGGAGAGCCUGGAGGAAGUGGGGGGGGAGACUGGGGGGGCACUGGGAGGAGACCCCAGGGUGCCCCCCCCGGCCCUGAUGCAGCUGCUGGAGGACUCCAUCGAGUGCUGAAGUGGGGGGGGAAGGGGCGGGGGGGCAGUGGGUUUGGCACCAAUAAAGGCGUUGGGAUGGCA